AGGCUGGGGUGCCGCGUGGCGGGCGCGGCUCCGCGGGGCCUGGGCGACCUGCGCGCGGGGACCGUUGCCCUGCAGCGCCGGUGCCGGCCUGGAGCUGUGGGCGCGCCCGACACCAUGAGCGUCGGCUUUAUCGGCGCCGGCCAGCUGGCCUUUGCCUUGGCCAAGGGCUUCACGGCGGCAGGCAUCGUGGCUGCCCACAAGAUCAUGGCCAGCUCCCCGGACAUGGACCUGCCCACGGUUUCUGGCCUCAGGAAGAUGGGAGUGAACCUGACCCCCCACAACAAGGAGACCGUGCGGCACAGCGACGUGCUCUUCCUGGCCGUGAAGCCACACAUCAUCCCCUUUAUCCUGGACGAGAUUGGCGCCCACAUCGAGGAUCGGCACAUCGUGGUGUCCUGCGCAGCUGGUGUCACCAUCAGCUCCAUCGAGAAGAAGCUGAUGGCGUUCCAGCCAGCCCCCAAAGUCAUCCGCUGCAUGACUAAUACGCCGGUCGUGGUGCGGGAGGGGGCCACCGUGUACGCCACGGGCACCCACGCCCAGGUGGAGGACGGCAGGCUCCUGGAGCAGCUCAUGGGUAGCGUGGGCUUCUGCACGGAGGUGGAGGAGGACCUGAUUGAUGCCGUCACGGGGCUCAGUGGCAGCGGCCCAGCCUAUGCAUUCACAGCCCUGGAGGCCCUGGCUGACGGGGGCGUGAAGAUGGGGCUUCCCAGGCGCCUGGCAGUCCGCCUCGGGGCCCAGGCUCUGCUGGGGGCCUCCAAGAUGCUACUGGACUCGGAGAAGCAUCCCGGGCAGCUCAGGGACAACGUGUGCUCCCCCGGCGGGGCCACCAUCCACGCCCUGCACGUCCUGGAGAGCGGCGGCUUCCGUUCCCUGCUCAUCAACGCCGUGGAGGCCUCCUGCAUCCGCACACGGGAGCUGCAGUCCAUGGCUGACCAGGAGAAAGUCUCACCAGCCUCCAUCAAGAAGACCAUCUUGGACAAGGUGAAGCUGGAGUCCUCUCCAGGGCACUCACUGGCCCCUUCUGGCCACUCCAAGCUGUUCCCGCAGAGCCUGGCCCCAGCAGGCAAGGAGAACUGAGGUGUCCACCAGGCUAGCCUGGCUCCCCACCUUCUGUCCGCCCCCCCUCCCCGGGCUUGGAACUCCUGCGCCGGCUGUCCUUAGCUCCAGCCACACGGGGUGUCCCCGUAGCUGCCCACUGCCCGUGACUUUGGUCACAUUGGGUCAGUGGGGGCUGUAACCAGGGCGGGCCCACAUCUCUGCCCAUGGGAACCGGUGCAGUCGCUGAGCGCUUCCUGGCCCAGCGCCGAGAUGGAUUCCGACCCUCAACCUCCCCCUUCCUCUGCCCCCAGACGAGGUCAGGAGCACUUCCUCCAGGAGGCCCUCAGGAGGCCUGGGGGUCUUUACUCCCCAUGGCCCGCUGGCUUGGGGCUUGGCCUCUUCUUGGGUACAAAGGUCAAAGUUCCCCUCCCAUGAAGGCCCAGCCAAGGAGGGAACCCCUUCCCACCCCUGCUCCUGCUCCAGCCUCCACUUGGGGUGAGAAGGACCAGAGGGUCCCAAGCAUCCUGAGCCCAGGCCAGACCACAGCUGCCAACUAUGCCUUAUUUUUGGCAUUUGAGGAAAGGGCUCCUUGGGUGGUCCCAAUCUCUGAGGGCCUUACUGCCCAUUCCCGACCUGACUUACAGAGUCUAUCACUCUGUCCCCAACCUUUUCGGUGAAAUACAUUAGUUUCCAACCCGG